GCUCUCCCCAUUAAGGGUUUACAUACAAAACAUAUCACAAUUUUAUAAAGUAUGAUGCAUUUUUAUAAAUCAAACUAUACAAAAGUAUAUUAAGUGGCUCAAAUUAGCUCCAACUCGACCAACUGAAACAGUAAAGUAUUGCUUAUAUGUCAAUGCAUCAGUCAUACUAAUCAAAUGUACCUAAUAACAGUAUGAAACACUGGUCUGUUUUUCCUUUAAAUGCUUUAAGUGAGAAACUAACUGAUUAAACUUCAUUACUUGUACAUAAGUAAGACUUUACUUGCAACAGAGUAGUUCUACUUUGGUGCAGGCUACUUUUACUCAAGCAAAUCCUCUGACUCUUCGGCCACGGAGCUCAGCAUGCAGUACGGCACUGCUGAAGUGCCACUCCGUGGUUCUUUUCUUCCUGCUUUGUCUUUUGAGUGGGGAAGGGAAAGGGGAAUCGCUUGGCGGACUUUUGCAGACGCAAAAGACGCAAGAUCUUGUGAAGUGUUUUGGAAUUUUGCGAAUGUGAUAAUGUUCUGUGUAAAGGUAAAAAAAUACCGGCUACUGGCUGCUUGGGCCUAUAGACAUCCGAAUGGUUACUGUCCGUCGGUGACCUAGACAGGAGGAGUCCUAAGAAUAAGCUCCAGCAGGGUGAGGGAAAGCUGACAGCUGUUGAAAGAGUGGAGUGUAUUUUGAGGAAGGGAAAGAGGUGGAGGAAUAAACCCCAGCGGCAUUGUGUAGUACAAACUGAACACUGUCUGCUGCUGUUAGUACUUCUCCCUUAUCAUGAUAGCAGGUGGACAGUCUGCUUUUAUAUUUCUCAGUCUAACGCUGUUGCGUCAGACUUUAUUUUUGUACUGGUGACCAGUUGCACAAAAUACAUGAGGAAGGAUUAGACGAGUACAGGAUUUGAAAGCCAAUACUUUCUGUUAUUCCUAUCGCUACGUUGCUACAUUUGGACUGAAGCUGACAGCUUAGGGUCUUUUCAAGUCUUCCAAAUUAUCCAAUAUAUGUAGUUUGUCCAUGCCCUCCAGAACAACACAAAGAAGCAUUUUCUGGUUUGACGCCUCUAUCAGCAGGGCGACAUCACUUCUCUGUGCCUUCCACAAUUGUUACAAAUCGGUGUUGAAAAAGCCAUCUGUUUUACAGUGUGAUUUUGCCCUGGUUAGAGUUUGGUUAGGUUUAGGGAAGGAUCAUAGUUUGGGUUAAAAUAAUUGUCUCGGUUACAAUAAUUAACAUGUGAUCACGGUUAGGUAAUGAUCAUAGUCGUAACACUGACUAGUGACUGGAAAUAGGAAACGAACAGCCGUCUCCCGUCUUGAUGAUUGAAUGAUUUGCUGACCCAUCCAUCCACCCAGACCUCCUCUUGACACAGACUUUGUUGCUGAAUAACAAUGUCACUUGGGUUCCUUCUAGAGGGCCACUAGAGGGCACCUCAACAGAUGUUGUUUUGGGGCAGCUGCUGUCGUUCUCCUGGGGGAGGACAGUCUUACUUUGGUUUACGACCAAAUUCCUGCCAGACUAAUGACAUUUUCAUCAUCCUCAGCGAACGCGCUAGUCUAAGAUGGUAAACGGCGCACCCGCCAAACAUCAGCAUGUUAGCGUUGUCACUGUGAGCACAAUGGCAUGCCGAUGUUAGCAUUUGGCUUCAAGCGCCACUGUGCCUCAGUAAAGCCUCACAGAGCCGCUAGCAUGGCUGUAGACCUUUAGUUCUCAGCAGUUAGAUAGGUCUCUAUAGGCAAAACCACCAGUGCCCAAGAAGUGAUGUGUUUUAUGUUUACAGACACAACAGCAGAGAAGACUCAAGAGCGACUCUGUUAAUUAUCAUAAUUUGUUGGGCCAGCGAUGGCAACACCGUUUACAGUACUUUAAGACCAAAGCAAUUGCUAAGAUCAAGAAAGGUAAGAAUAUUGCAGAUUACAGACUUUAAUGAGAAUCUUGAGCCAAAGUGAAAAUGUAUAAGGAAAUUCAGCUGAUGCAAAAAAUGGCAGAUUUCAUCAAGGGCAAAAAAAAGGUUAUCACAGGUUUGCUCUCUCUCGCAAAUAAAGUCAAACAAAACAUGUAUACAGUAUAUCAAACUCUAAUGGUAUUCAGUAAAAGAGUAACACAUUUUUUUAUACAAAUUUUUCCAGGGCUAAUUGAAAAUCAUGGUUGUGAACAUUAAGUUACUUUAAAAAGUCUGUGUUUCCUGAAUCUGUUUUAGAGCUAAAAAAAAGUUAGUUAGUUCCAAAUUUGCCACACAUCACUGUCUCAUCAGGCCAAAGUUCGCAAUUUGCUUACUUUAAAACAAAAAUAUUUAAUCAAAAAUAUUUGUAUAAAAUUCAAUAAACUUUGGUUAUGGAAACACAAUAAGUGUUUUAUUACAUGUAUUUCAGCAAUAGGGGAAUCAAUCAUAUUUUGAAAACCUAUCAAAAAGAAAAACGUUGUUGUGCAGUGAGGAAGCCACAACUGUUUGACACAGAACAUAAAAAUGCCAAGAGUCAGCAAAAAAGACAGAAAAACUCUAGACCACAUAAGCUGAAUAACCCUUAUUUCUGCUGUCUCGAAUUAAAAGGAUCGUGUAUGAUGUUUGGCUUCAAUUUAUUAGGAAAUCAGGUUGUUAUAUAACAGAGCUUUAAAAAUCAGUCCACAGAGAGGAGGCAGUGGGGCUCUGGGGAGCCUCUAUAGGAAAGUAUGCCAGUUCUCAGCUUCGGUUUCCCAGGGUUAAUCCAGAUCCUCACCUCGAUCAUGUGAUAGCAGGAAACGUGACCGCCUUUAUGGUGUGAAGAAGAGUCUAACAAGCCUUCUGUGGCAAUAAGAAUUUAACUUCAUAAUUACAUUUCUUAGCAGCAUUAGGAAUGAAAAGAAAUGAAUUAAAGUGAAGAUAACAUGGCCACCUGCCAGUGUGGCCAGUGGAGCUAACAUUUAACCAAAUGAAGUUGCAUUUGGCUCCGGACUGAAGGCAAAGUUGAUGGGGGUCAAGGGUUUAUGGUCUGAAUUUUUCUUGGCUUGGGUCUGGCAAUGGGAAUUAAUGUGAGCAGAGUCUGUAUUUCUUUGCACAAUAUAGUGUGACCCCUGAGGAUAAAGUUACAACAAACACACAUAUAGAUGAAAGAGGCCUACAGGCUUCCAGUAAUCCGUGUACGCUUCGCUUUCUGUAGUGAAAAUAAACUCAGCAUGGUGCCUAUGCAGACGGUCAAGGGAAAGGUUUUUUCAUCCAUCCAUCAGCUAUACCGCUUGUCCUUUUGAGGAUUGCGGGGGGCUGGAGCCUAUCUCAGCUGGUGAGAGGCGGGGUACAUCGCGGACAGGUCGCCAGUCUAUCACUGGGCUGACACAUGGAGACAGACAACCAAUCACAGUCACUUUCGCCCUGACAGGCAAUUCAGAGUCGCCAAUCAACCCAACCUGGGCCCAGCCGGCAGGUUCGCACCCAGAACCUCCUUGCUGUGAGGCUGCCAGUGCUAACCAGUGCCCCACCGUUCCGCCAUGAAAAAAGUUUUAUAAUAAAUUUAUACUAGUGACAUAAAGAACGAUGUACCAGACAAUACUGUCCAUUUAUAAGAUGAAUAACGAACUUCCUUCAAGGGUGAAUGUUAUCAUCCUCUCCAUUACUAUGGCUCUCAUGAAUAUGGAAGCAAAAACAUUCCAGGGUUUUCUUCCCAGCUAUUAAGACAUUUUACAUGAUCACUUUAACUUCAAAAUGUUUAAAAGUCCCAAAUUAUUUUCAUUUUGAGACUGAACUUUUGUAAAUAGUAGUAUGCUCAGCAAGCCCUUCAUGUGUAUGGGGUUUAAUUUGUGUCAGAAAUCUGCUGAUGUUUAAACUUUUUCAGGUUUUUAUUGUUGUUUUUUCAAUAAUUGUCAAACCACCUCUCUUACCACAGUUUGAUUUUGUUACUUGCUUAUAAAAAUUACAGUUAUUGUGAACAGUUUUUGGAUUGUACAGGAUAUAUCAAUAACAGGUAUUUACAGUUGUCUGAAGUCUGUACCUUUACUGUUUAAUGUGGAGCAAUGUCUGCGGUUAAUUAUGUUUGCCGGAUGCUAUGGACAAAUUCAAAUGAGCCAAGUCAUGUGUGAACAAAAAGAAAAGAAGUGAUGGACAAAACCAAACAACACAAGCGAUGACAUGAGACAAAUAUUUUAACAAAAGUAAAACAUUCCAAUUUAUUUGUAGCGUCUGUCUGGUGGUCGGUUGUUCUGCUACUUUGGGCCGGGCUGAAAUAUCUCAACAACUAUUGGAUGUAUUACCAUGAAAUUUUGUACAAACAUUCAUGGUCUCUAGAGGAUUGAGGCACAUCAUGUUGCUUAAACCAUAAUUAAGAGCAGCGGAGGGGGAAAAACGUAAUGGAUUUGUGAGGCAGGAGUUGCUCAGUGACUGCAAGGCACCUAUGCUAGAGGGCUCUUUGGAGGGGGAGGCAUAAGUGUGGUGGAGGACCAUGGUUGUCUCAAGCCGUAUCAGACUCCCGUUCAAGGAAUUUAUUCCCAGCAAACUUGGUGGCUGCUGCCUUCCGUUCUUAUGCCACUGACUACAAGAUGGUUGCUGUGGGGAAUGACACUAAUGGGACCACCCUCUAUCAAAAGGUUCCUUUUGGUACAGAAACAGAUGGCAUGAACAUCCUAGGUCUGGUUUUGUUUGCCAUGGUGUUUGGUGUGGCACUGAGAAAGCUGGGAGAUGAGGGAGAGGAGCUCAUUCGUUUCUUCAAUGCUUUCAAUGAGGCCACCAUGGUGCUGGUGUCUUGGAUCAUGUGGUAUAUCCCUUUUGGCAUCAUGUUCCUUGUGGGCAGUAAGAUUGUGGAGAUGGAAGAUGUGGUUCUUCUGGUCACUAGUCUGGGAAAAUACAUCUUUGCUUCAAUCCUGGGCCACAUUAUUCACGGAGGCAUCAUCCUGCCUCUCAUCUACUUUGGCUUCACACGCAAGAACCCCUUCAGUUUCCUUUCAGGCCUCAUCACGCCCUUCACCACUGCCUUCGCCACCUGCUCCAGUUCAGCAACUCUUCCCUCUAUGAUAAAGUGUGUUGAGGAGAAUAACGGUGUGGACAAACGCAUCAGCCGCUUCAUCCUUCCCAUUGGAGCCACAGUUAACAUGGAUGGGGCCGCCAUUUUCCAGUGCAUUGCUGCUGUCUUCAUAGCUCAGCUCAACAAUGCUGAGCUGAACGCCGGGCAGAUCUUCACCAUCCUGGUGACAGCCACAGCCUCCAGUGUUGGUGCAGCAGGCAUCCCAGCUGGCGGCAUCAUCACCAUCGCCAUCAUCCUGGAGGCCAUAGGCCUGCCAACCAACGACCUGUCCCUCAUGCUGGCUGUUGACUGGAUUGUGGAUCGUACCACCACUGUGGUGAACGUUGAGGGUGAUGCUCUGGGUGCGGGAAUCCUCCACCACAUCAACCAGCAGGAGAUGAAGAAGCAGCAGGAGCACCAGCAGCAGCAGCAGGAAGGGGAGCUGGCUGAGGUCCGGGUGGAGGCAGUGGCCAACGUCCAGGCGGAGGAGGAGACCUCGCCACUAGUCAUGCACCAAACCAAAGCCUUGGAGGCCACGCCGGAAGCUAUCGAGUCUGUCCUGUGAACUCAGCAAGACUUUUUUUCUUGCCCUGUGACCUUUUGACCUUUCAACACUUACGACACUGCUGCUGAUGGGACACCAUUCUUACCCAGUGUCCAUACAAAAAAACAAGGCCACUGAUGGUUUCACUUAUGAGGAAAAAAAAGUGCCAUAGAAACAGUCUGUCUAGAGCAGUGAGUCCACAGUGCACUUGCUGCUUCUGUUUUGAAAUUUGAUUCACUUGGGCUAAUGUCUCAAUAGUUGGGUUUCCAUCCAAGUAUUUAAUUCAGAUUUGGAUAUAACUUGCAUUAAAAUACAAAUAUAAUAAUACACAGAUGUGUGUCUGUGUAUUAGGAUAUAAUGGAUUUGAAAAUGAUUCACUUUGAAAACAUUUCCUUAAUACUGCAAAAAUUUUUUUUUUAAUUUUCACUCAAGGCAGAGUUUUUGUAUUUUUUUUAAUCUUGAUUAAAACAUUUUGCGAUACAGCGAUGGAAACACACUAUGAGUAGAAUAUCCCUAAAACAUUCCCAUAAAUGUCAUAUUUCUGUUUCUUUCAUAUACGUGAUGAGUACGGCCAUAAGUUAGUACGUCCGAACAUUAUCAAAUUUAUUUUCUGUUUUUAUCUUCAGACAGCAAAUACAAUGACCAACAUUAACUGUAGAACACUAACUAUUUUCCAGAAUCUGACUAGACAAAGUAUCUAACAAAUGCUUGCAAGUGACUGUCAUGGCCUAAUUACAAGUUCAGGAAGGCUGUUUAGUCACUUUGACUCAGCUGGUGGAAACAAAAUUCUGUCUUUCAAUUGAAGUCAUAUAGAAACUUAAACUUUUGCUCCCAGGUUUAAAGUUGUUGUCACAAUCCAGAGAGAUGUUUGCAGGAUAUGCCCAGGCUUGUGUUUGCUGACUGUCAGCAGACAAUGUCAAACAUUAACCUUCAAAUGAAAGGUUAAAAAUUUGGCCUAUUUUUUGGACAGGCCUCACGCAACAUGUUGACCCAGUGUCCCUAGUUACCCAGCUGGCCCAGUAUGGUAAAGAAAUCUCAAUGCUGGACCAUUUGAAAUAGUACAUUUACAUGCAUGCUUUGCUAUCAUGGUCUUGUGGGAAAACACACUGACAUCCACAACUAAUCCUGUUUAUCCCCAAGUAAACAGAACAUAGGGUUAUUUACAUGGUUGUGUCAACCUCAUAAAUAGCCAAAUGCAAAUAGGAUACAAAUGGUACAAGGUGCAAAUGUUACCUGCCUUCAUUUCCCAGCUCGUAUCAGCAUUUUACAAGCAUGUUCCCCUAAUUUUGUAAUGAGACUACAGUCUGAACAUCCAGCCGUAUCAGCUAGCUCUCAGAAGUUGCAUUAAUGCACCAAGGAGUCUGAAAAGUAUCGAGUUUGUUUUGAGUUUUGUUUGCUAAUUAGCCAGCUAAAGCAAUGUUAGCAUGUAGCUAUCAGUUAGCUAUGAUAAUUGCUCUUAUUUGUUAGCUAAUGUUUAUAUCAGGUGUGUAGACUAUGUCUAGUUUAACUAGCCUGAUACUUGGGUUAGCUGGAAAUUGUAACAAACUAAACAAAAAGAUGCUAGAUUUAUUUUGGUGAAAAAACAGCUCCCAGUCAAAACCAGACCGAAAUAGAACUACGUAAAUCCAACCUGCCAUUUGUGCCCAAAAGUCAGUUAGGCAUAGACACAGUCAUGGCCAGAAUUACAAUUGAUUGAACAUUAGUUUGCAAGUACUAUACACACUUGUCUGAAAUCAUGAAAACACUCUAGUUGCCCAUUUAUUAAAAAACAUAUUUAAUUUAUGGUUGUCGGUAAGGUCAGCAGUUUCGGAUGGUCUGGUUUAAGAAAUCCCCCCAAAAAUCCAAAAGGAAUUCAUUCAAAACUUAAAGCUUCUUCAAAUGUUUACACACAAAUACUGGACCAAAAUGAAUGAUGAGUUCACAUCAUAUUAUAUGUCAAUAUUUUGUGAAAUCAUCCUCUAAUUUCAGAGGGAUUUUUCUUAGUUGUGUCUCAAAGGCUUGCACCAUAUUAACCCUCAGUGAAAGUUACAUGAAGUAUGUUAAUACAUGCAUUUUAAUUGUUUUGAAAACUUGAGGGGAUGAUUCAGUGCAUCCCACACUAUGUCACCAUCCAUAAAUCUUCCUCCUCUCUUACUAGCUAAAUUUUGGGGAAGAAAUUAGCACAGUGACCAAUGACAACAUAUCUUUAUUCAGUCCGUAGGAUAAAUUAUUAGCUGUGGUUUCUAGAUCACUAUAAAGGGAACAUUGGUCAUUGCCAUUAUAAUGGCUUACUUGGUGGGGUUUUUUAAAAGUGUAAAUACCCCUCCAAAUAAGUGACCGGUACUUUUCCUUAAUCUACGGAUACAAACUGUAUGAUCAGACUUGCACCUGCCAUAGUUGAUGCCCAUGCAAUAUGGAAUAUGGUUUGACAUGAAGGAAGCUGUGCCAAAUUUCUAAAGGUUUAGUAGAAAGUCUCCCUUUAGGAUACAGGGCUUGACUGACAGGAUGAGCCUGUGCUGUCCUCUAGUGGUGAAAGGCAUUCAUGUGAGCGUUCAGAAGGAAAAAAAAUGAAGGCGAUUGCAUCCCAGAGCUUUUGUGUCCUUCUGAAACACGUUAGUUGUUCAUCUGACAUUGCUGAAUGGUAUCAGUGGUAUUAUUUCCCAUUUAUUUGAGCUAUUAUUUAACAUUCAUUGGGAACAAUAGGUGAUGAGACCGCUCCAUUACUAAGUCUUGUGAUUUUAUACUGUAUUUUAAAGUGAAGACCCCUACAAGGUGAAGGAUCUUUAUGUAUGUGAAAUGAAUGAAUUUCAGUCAUGUUGCUGCCACCUUAAGUCUGAGAUGCUCAUUAUGAUGUGGAGAUGCUGCUUUAGUUUUGGAUCACGGUGUGUAUGCUGUAACUAUCUGCUUUAAAGAUGAAGUAAAGUAGCGUGUUUGAAAAUUUCUUACUCAGCAUCAUCACGAGAUUUGACAGAUGAGUUUUCUAAGCUAACAACUGCUCUAUUAAACUGAGUUUUACGACUAGGUUUUUUUGAGUGUAUCUGGUACAAUCACAUGUAAUUACA